AUGGCCCUUCUCUCCCGAGCAUUUCGGCUUUCUUCUCCCUCGGCUACUGCUACUGCUAUCGUCCAGCGAGUCUGCAAACGACACCUCGGAAUCCCACCGCAAUUCCUCCUCGACGACUACAUCCCUCGGUACCAACUACUGAGCGAGGUCGAUGUCGCCAAGAAGCGGUCUCUCGCCUACGCGCACCUGCGCAACUGCAACCUCUGCCCGCGGCUCUGCGGCGUCAAUCGGUACGAGCAGACGGGCGUGUGUCUGAUCGGCGCCGAGACGGCCAAGGUCAAUGUCAUUGCGCCGCAUCGGGGCGAGGAGCCGUGUAUCCAGGGGUAUAAUGGGAGUGGGUCGGAUAUCGCCCACCAACGAAAUGGAUUCGACCUGACUCCCGAGGAGCUGGCCGAGUGGUAUAUCAAGCUGCAGCAGGUCGGGAACGUGCACAACAUCAACCUCAUCACUCCCGAGCAUGUCGUGCCGCAGGUCGCGCUCUCCAUCCUCGCCGCGCGAGACAUGGGUCUCAAACUCCCCAUCAUCUACAACACUUCGGCCUUCGAUUCGCUGGCGUCGCUGGAACUGAUGGACGGCCUGGUGGACAUCUACCUGCCGGACUUCAAGGUCUGGAAGAGCAGCACCUCGAAGCGGCUGCUCAAGGCCGACAACUACGCCGAGACAGCCAGGGAGAGCAUCAAGGAGAUGCAUCGGCAGGUGGGCGACCUGUGUUUCACCUCCGAUGGGAUCGCCAAGAAGGGCGUUCUCCUCCGUCAUCUCGUCAUGCCGGGCAAGGAGGAUGAAGGACGGGAGAUCAUGAGGUGGUUGGCUGAGAAUGUCUCCAAGGAUUUGUAUGUUCAUAUCAUGGAGCAGUAUCAUCCAGAUGCGCAUGUCGGCAAGAAGAAACGAGGGCGCAGCAGCAGCAGUAACGAUGCAGCAGCAGCAGACGACUCGUCCGCCGAUUCUGGUGGUGGUGGUGUUCGCUAUGCGGAUAUCAACCGCGCUGUCACGGAUGAGGAGCUUGGUAGUGUGAGGAAAGCUGCCGAGGAGGCCGGCCUGUGGAGAUUCUGCGACGUCUCUGAGCAUGGUGGGUUCCAUCUGUGA